GGCCAUCCAAGGAUCCCCAAGCGUUGCGUUCUCUAUUUAUUUGACGUUUGACGUUGGGCCGAGCAAGACAGGGAAGAGGAAAUUAUUUCGUGGUGGUUAAAUUCUGAUUUUGUUCGCGUUUUUUGAGUGAAAUUGUGAGAAAUAAUGGCUCCAGGUAAUGCUGAUUGACUAAAUUAUUUAUUCGUAAUUAUAAGCUAGUAAAUUUCGUGUUGAACUUACCUUUGCAUUUUCGAUGUUCCGGCAAGUUGCUAUGACAUAUUUUGGCGAAAAUUUAGUUUUCACUAGUUGUUUGACAAGUCCUAAACCUAAUCCGCGAUUACAUCCAGUUAUUAAAAUCGAUCUCAUUUUUUUAUCGUUUUACCGAAUAAAAUAAAUUAAAACUGCUGAGAUUAGUCAAACACCUUGGCUACUUGCACUUACUCCAGUUUUACUCCUUGGCACUUGAACCGGGUUUUUUUAAAUCAAGAUGGCUGCCAGUUUGUUUUUAAAACCUUUGAUGUCUGUUGAUUUGUGUAAAAUUAUUAAUCUAAAUUUCAUGCUGGUAAAAAAUAUGUCUUCCGUUGUUCUUCCCGCCGCCGUCGUAAAUCCCAUCAAGUAUACCUACGAUCUUGUGGUAAUUGGAGGUGGUUCUGGAGGCUUAGCAGCUGCUAAGGAAGCCGCUUCUCUGGGUGCAAAAGUAGCAGUCUUGGACUAUGUCACACCCUCUCCGGUGGGAACAAAAUGGGGUCUUGGAGGCACUUGCGUCAAUGUUGGCUGCAUUCCCAAGAAGCUCAUGCAUCAAGCAGCUUUACUCGGUGAAGCUAUUCAUGAUUCGAAGAGUUAUGGAUGGACUGUUGGUGAUAAUGUAACACAUGAUUGGUUAACUUUAAAAGAUGGUGUACAGGGACAUAUUAAAUCUGUCAAUUGGGUUACUAGAGUUGAACUCAGAGAUAAGAAUGUUGAGUAUAUCAAUGGUCUAGGUACCUUUGUUGAUGCCAAUACCAUUACCACUGUGGCCGCUAAACCAGGUAAACCAAAAGAGGAGAAAAUCCUUUCAGCCAAAUACUAUUUGAUUGCUGUUGGUGGAAGGCCCAGAUACCCUGAUAUUCCCGGUGCCAUAGAAUACGGUAUUACUAGCGAUGACAUCUUCAGUUUGGGAAAAGCACCUGGAAAGACUGUCAUUAUUGGUGCUGGAUACAUUGGCUUGGAAUGUGCUGGGUUUCUUACAGGCUUGGGAUAUGACACUACUGUGAUGGUUAGGUCUGUACCACUCAGAGGAUUCGACCAGCAAAUGGCUCAGACCGUGGUUGACGAAAUGAAAGAUAAGGGCACCAAGUUUUUGAAUGAAUGCAUCCCAACUAAAGUUGAAAAACUGGAUUCUGGCAAAUUGAAAGUAUCAUGGACCGACAAAGAGAAAAAUACUUUCAGUGACGAAUUUGACACCAUCCUUUUUGCUAUUGGACGUCGUGCUCUUACCAGGGAAUUGAAAACAGAAUUGGCCGGCAUUGAACUGGCUGGAGAUGCGGAAAAAAUCGUCGCAGUUAAUGAGCAGACUAAUGUUCCUCACAUUUAUGCUGUUGGAGAUGUCUUAUAUAAAAAGCCUGAGUUGACCCCAGUUGCCAUUCAUGCUGGUAGAUUGUUAGCAAAAAGAUUAUUUGGCGGUAGCACAGAGACUAUGGAUUACCAGAACAUUGCCACAACUGUAUUCACCCCCUUGGAAUAUGGUGCUGUGGGGCUAAGCGAAGAGUCUGCAGUGGCGAAAUAUGGGGAAGAUGCAGUCGAAAUCUAUCAUGGGUACUAUAAACCAACUGAAUUCUUCAUACCCGGAAAGAAUUUCAGGAACUGCUACCUCAAGGUAGUCUCUCUCGUGGGUCCAGAGCAAAAGGUGUUGGGCAUGCAUUUUAUUGGCCCUCAGGCUGGCGAAGUCAUCCAAGGAUUUGCAGUGGCAAUCAAAUGUGACCUGACUGUGCCGAUCUUGAUGAACACCGUUGGCAUCCACCCGACCAUUGCUGAAGAGUUUACCAGGAUCAAAAUCACUAAGAGGUCUGGACAAGACCCCAAUCCAGCAUCUUGCUGCAGUUAAACUCACUAGCAAUCCGGUAUUUGGGGUGUUUAGUAUUUAUAAUGUUCAUUAUUUUUUAUAAUAAUAUUAUUUAUCAUUUCACAUAAAAUUUUUCAUAGAACCUAAAAAAAAUUAACUAUUUUGUUGAAAUAAAACUCUUAACAUGUCACUGCUAUCUCUACAAGGCGUAACAAACUCCUCAAUGGUGCUUUGUUUCUGGACUUUCUUAUUGCGCCUCUGUGGCCUCUAGAUAGUCUUGCAGCCAUACAUCUUGUUUCUGAUCCUGAUAAAUUUGAACUCCCUGUAUGAUUUUUUUUGUUCCAUAUUAUAUUGCAUUAAUAAUAGUCUACAACUAUUUGAAACGUUCACCAUCUGGCAUUGAUUAGAUGGACUUUGCCCCAAGGAAUUAUUUGCCUUUUCAAACAUUUAUUUUAGUCUGUAUUGGUUACUCAGGUUUGUUUUGCACUUUUAAGUCACUAUUGCGAUUUUUCACGUAACUUUUAUUCAUGAAAAAAAGUAAAUUUACAGGAGUCUGAUCAGAAACAUCUGCACAGUGUUGCAUCUGAAAAGUGUCACUGGCAACAAACACGUUGGACAAUUUUAUUUCAGCAAUAAAAAUGAUGUUAGGUAGUACAAAUAUUUUUUUUCUUUAGUUUUUAGUUUCUAUGAAAUCUUUUAUUAUUCUAGUAAUAUUUUUGAUUUUUGUUAUUUUUGAACGUCACUGUGAUCGCGAAUGAAUGUGAAUCACCGAUUACACUCCUUAUCUUAGAAGUAUUAUGAAUACAUUUGUUUAGUUUUCUGUUUUUUAUGUAAAGAAGAAUUCAUGCACAUCAAGUAUGUCUUUGAGUCACACAAACAUAGAUAUUUGGUGUGUUGUUUUCUUUUAUUAGAAUAUUAAUUUGGUUUAUUCAAUGUUGUUUGAAACAAUUGGUUGCAGUUGUUUGAUUAAAAAAAUGCGGCCCCCAUGAUAUUAUUCAACAUAAGAAGGCAUUACUAUUUUUGUAUUUUGUAUGGUAAUAUUGUUGUAAUUACGGGCUUACUUAAGAAUUUGUUAAUGAGUUUUUCAAAGAUAUUUAAUAAAUUAUACGUAAUUUGAUACUUA